AUGGCACUUCUUCACAAUGAAUCGACUAUCAAUCGACGAUUAGCAUUACUUAUUGCUAACAGCAAAUAUGAACAACAAGAGAAUAGACUUGAUGGUUCUAUCGCCAAAGCAACAGAACUAAAUGUAUUACUCACAGAUAUGAAUUUUGAAGUUACAUUUCUUGAAAAUGUUGAAAAAAGCGAAAAACUUUUGGAAUGUGUGAUCAGAUUCUGCGAAACCAUUCAGAACGACGAUUUUGUCCUAAUCUUUAUUUCUGGCCAUGGCUGUCAAGUUGAUGGCACAAAUUAUUUAAUACCUACAAUGGAUAGAUGUGUAUCCAAUGACAGAGAUAUACAAUGUCUUGGUACACCCAUUGCAACGCUGUUCAAAUGGCUCAAGCGUAAAAAUAUAUUCCGUAUGUGUGCUAUGAUUCUAGACUGUUGCAGACCAUAUAAUCUAUCGAGCGACCAGUCUCCUUUCUGGAAAAAAGAAGGUUUAACCCAACUGAAAGCACCACCAAAUAUGUUGAUUCAAUUUGCAUGCGCUGCUAAUAAAACAACUACUAGUAAUCUAUAUAUGGAAUAUUUAUUAAGAAAUAUCGUUGAACCCGAUGUUAAAAUUAUCGAUAUCUUCAAAAAUGUUCGAGAUGAUGUCUAUCGAGCAUCAUAUAAAACACAAAAACCGUUCACCAUGUACACUUGGGAUGAAGAUGAAGAAGUCUUUCUGCGAGAAUCGAUACAUUCUAGAAGCAAUAUACCAAGACAUGCUCGAUGGAAUACAAAAGGCCGUUGCCUAGUUGGUAAUCAUAAUAACUGUUGCAGCUCUGGUUCACUGUUAGAUCAACUGAAUUGUCCUCGUGGUAUAUUUCUAACACCUAGUAAAGCUUUACUCGUUGCUGACUCACUGAAUCAUCGUAUUAUGAGAUUCAAAAAUGGUAUAAAGGAAGGGCAAAGAGUAGCUGGUAGAAGUAUUGCCGGUUAUGGAUAUAACAUGUUAUGGGAACCUAAACACGUCAUUUUCUAUCAGCAGCAACGCAAGAAAAGCUAUAUCAUCUGUGAUACACAUAACCGACGAGUUGUUCAAAUGACGCUUGGCAAGAAUAAUAAAAGCUUCAAAACAAUUAUUAAUGAUAUUGUAUGUUCUGGCAUCGCCGUGGACGAGGAUGGAUUUCUCUACAUUUCUGAUAGUGAAUAUCAUGAAGUGAAACGAUAUUCGCCUACAGGACGCAGCCAUAGCAUCACGGUGGCUGGCGGUCAUGGACAAGGUUCCCGUCCUAAUCAACUCAAUCAUCCCACUUAUCUUUUUAUUGGCCUAGAUAAAUCGAUAUACGUUUCCGAUUCGUGGAACAAUCGCGUUGUGAAGUGGAAAAAAGGAGCGAAAGAAGGUAUUGUUGUUGCUGGUGGCAAUGGAAAAGGAAAAAAUCUUAAUCAAUUGGAUUGUCCUGCAGGAAUAGCGGUUGACAGUUUUGGAACAGUGUAUGUUGCUGAUCACUGGAAUCAUCGCGUGAUGCGCUGGCAAAAAAGUACUUCUCAGGGAGAUCUGAUCAUUGGCAAUCCAUUUAGGUCAGGAGACGGACCUAAGCAACUCAACAGCCCCGAAGGUUUAGUUUUCGAUGACGGUGGUGCGCUCUAUAUAGCUGACUCGUAUAAUCAUCGGAUUCAAAAGUACGACAUCCUAUACGUAUCUGAUUCCUGCAAUAAUCAUGUUGCAAAACGGGAAAACGGAGCAAAAGAAGGUGCCGUGGUAGCUGGUGGUAAUGGGAAAGGAAAGAAUCUCAAUCAAUUAGAUUGUCCUGCCGGAAUAGUAGUCGAUCGAUUUGGAACAGUGUAUGUUGCUGGCCACUGGAAUCACCGAGUGAUGCGCUGGUGCAAAGGAGCUUCCGCAGGUGACACCGCUAGCCAUCCGAAUGGCCCCCAUUGUCAAGGAUUUGAUGAGAAUGGUAAUCUAUAUGUAGCCGAUUCUGACAACCAUUGA